AUGGCAGCCCGAUUCCCUCAAAAAGACAAUGGUGCAAGUGGAAAUUCACCAACAAAAGAUGCGCAGGGUGCCGCGCCAGCGCAGGGUGCCGCGGCAGUGCAGCCACUAGCUAUGGUAGUUGCCCGACGUGACUACAUCAACGAUGAGGCGUUCAACAUAGCCCGCCAAAUCUAUUCGCCGAGUUUUCCCGUAAUCCAAGGAGGCGAAAGUGUCUACUCGCACAAGAAGGUCGAGCAGUCCAUAUUUAAAGGCAGGGGCCGUGAAAUACUCCUACUGAAGAACGAAGAGGCCUCUCCGGGUACAGUUAUGAAGCUGUUUAUCCGAGAGGACAACAAUAAAGUGGUUUCUGAAAUUAACGAGCGUCGUUAUCUCAGGGAGUUAAAAACGCACCUGUAUCUACUGAACGGGAAUACUGGGUCGAGAUCACCCUGUCCCUUCAUUGCUAGCAUCACUGCUUCACAGUUUACCUUCGACAACGCCUGGGGGAUUGAAGUAGAGUACUUUCCAAGGGGCACUUUUGCAGAUAUUACUCUGGAAAUGAGCCCGACGGAUUGCCUACUACUACUUGCCUCUGCUGCCCGAGGUAUAGCCUACGUGCAUCACAAGAAAAUAGCUCAUGCUGAUAUUAAGCCGGAAAACUUUGUCGUUACCCAGGAUGCGGAGGGGAAACUGCAGGCUAAAGUCAUUGAUUUCGGAACAGCUCGUCCCUUUGGAACAACAGUGUGCAAGUAUUUCGGAGACACAACGAUAUACCGUUGUCCAGAAUUAUUUAUUCAUAGUUCGUCGUACUGCCUGAAAGAACAGCCAUCAGCAGCAACUGACGCGUGGAGCUUUGGGAUGACCGUGCUAUGGGUGAUGACUCUAGCAACGGCUCGCACGCCAUGGAAGCGUGCUGAGUACUCGGAUAUCGAUUACAAUUAUUUCUCACAAAACAACGAAGGCCUGAAUGGUGGUGCAGAUCCAGAAAAGCUCACGUUCUUGGACUCGGACUUUCACGUGCUGUCAAAGUUCGCUAACAUGUUAGUUUGCAAUCUGCUGACACUGAAACCCAGCAAACGGUUCUCCAUGGCCCGUGUUGCAGACGAGAUCGCUAAACACCUACAGAAGUCACCUGAUGAGCCAGAAACUCGGAGAAGAGAAGAAGUGGCGUGCGCGCUGCGUGACAAGUAG